AUGGAGGAUGAGAAAUGGAUACGGAGAGAGGAGAAGAAGAAGAAUCAAAAGAACUUCCUAGAAAACCCUUUUUUCGCCUCGUUUGCUCCGAACUUUGUAAAUUCUCGAAAUUACCACCGAACCACCCUUCCAGCCAUGACAGAACGCGUUCGUUCUCGCCAUAAACGCCGUCUUCCGCACACUUCUGAAGAUGUGAUGGCUUUUGAGCCCGAUGUGGAUUUCUCCACCGCCGGCGGCCACUUUCCACGUGUCUUUUUGCGACAAGACGAUGAUGGAGAGAGUAGCGAUGGAUAUGGAGACGAAGACCUGCAACACUUGUUACCCGAUCCUAACGUCGAUCCGAAUGCCAAUUGGUUCAAACGGACGCAUGCAACACUAAAAGGGGAUAUCUCAUCGAUAUUAUUGCUAUUAUUCCUUUAUCUUCUUCAAGGAGUCCCAUUGGGGUUAAUUGGAGCCAUUCCGCUUUUGCUGAGUUCGAAACAUGCUUCGUACUCGUCUCAAGCCAUUUUCUCGUUCGCUUAUUGGCCGUUCAGUAUGAAACUCCUCUGGGCUCCCAUCGUCGAUUCAGUUUAUUCGAAACGUUUGGGUCGCCGGAAAUCCUGGAUGGUGCCUUGUCAGUAUUUAAUUGGAGCAUUUAUGCUCUAUUUAUCAUUCAAAGUUAAUGAUAUCAUGGGAGAAAAUGGUGGAUCCCCCAACGUCGUCUUCCUAAUGCUCAUCUUUUUACCAUUGAACUUUUUGGCUGCCACUCAGGAUAUUGCCGUGGAUGGAUGGGCGUUGACUAUGCUUUCCAAAAAGAACGUCGGCUACGCUUCAACAUGUAACGCAGUCGGUCAAACCGCCGGUUAUUUCCUCGGAAACGUCGUCUUCUUGGCACUGGAAUCCGCGCCGUUCUGUAACGAAUUUUUGAGAUCCAAAGACAAUCAACAGGAUACGGGAAUGGUUGAUUUGGCAGGCUACGUCUUCUUCUGGGGAUGGGUAUUCAUCGUCACCACGACCCUGGUCCUGAUUCUGAAGCGAGAAGUGGACAUGUCAAUCUCAUCGAACAACACGACGGCAUCAGGAGAUCCAGCACCAGAAGACGAGGAACUGGAGCUCGGCGUCGUUGAAUCCUACACAGUGCUCUACAAAAUUAUGAAGCUCAAACCAGUGCACUACAUGAUUGCAAUCCUAUUAACCGGAAAAUUGGCAUUCGCUGCCACUGAUGGAAUGACGAGCUUGAAGCUGAUCGCCAUGGGAAUCCCCAAAGAUCGUCUCGCGUCGAUCGCUGUCUUCUUGACGCCCAUGCAGAUUCUGUUGCCAUGGAUGAUUGGAAAGUGGACCGCCGGACCGCGGCCAUUGAACAUCUUCUUGUUAGCUUUCCCAUACCGAAUUUUCAUUGGUGGCGUGUUUGCGGCGCUGAUCUGGUGGACACCGCACUUUCAGUUGCCCGAUGGGAAGUUCGAGUAUUCGGUGUAUUUUGUGUGGAUUUCGGGAUACAUGUUUCAUCAGCUCGCCACCUACUCGAUGUUCGUCUCAAUGAUGGCGUUCAUCGCUCAAAUCUCGGAUCCACGCAUCGGCGGCACCUACAUGACCAUGCUGAACACGUUGAACAAUUUGGGUGGAAACUGGCCGGUUACGGUAGUCCUCGCGGUCACCGACUGGUUUACGUAUAAGGAUUGUGUGGUGAAGGGUAGUAAAGAUGUCCUCUACGCGUGCAACACCAAAGUACUCGCCGAUCAAUGUGCGGCCGGUGGAGACGUUUGUGAAGUGGCGAUUGAUGGAUAUUUCAUUUCGGUGGCCGCAUGUUCGGUUAUUGGAGUUAUAUGGUACAAAGUGUUCUUCAACAAGCUUAAAUAUCUCCAGAAGAUUCCACGUGCCCAGUGGCGAGUGUUCCCAUCUAGAGCAGUGGCUAAUUAA